CUCUCAUCACUCAUCCCAAACAUACAACUGCGAUGUCUAUGCUGGAUGUCAGCAGUCAAAAGACACUGCUAAAAACGGCCAUCCUCGGCUUGAUUGCCGGGGCUGCUUUUUCAUCUCGUUUAUUUAGCAUCGUGCGUUAUGAAUCAGUCAUUCACGAAUUCGACCCAUGGUUCAAUUAUCGUGCCACUCAGAUGCUCGUUAAAGACGGCUUCUACGAGUUCUGGAACUGGUUCGAUGACCGUUCAUGGUAUCCUCUUGGACGCGUCGUGGGAGGCACAGUCUACCCUGGUCUCAUGGUUACAGCCGCCGUGAUCCACAACAUCCUUCAUUUCUUCAACUUUCCCGUCGACAUUAGAAACGUGUGUGUACUUUUGGCUCCUGUAUUUUCAGGAGCAACUGCUUAUGCUACCUACCUCUUGACCACUGAAUUGAAAGACUCGUCCGCUGGUCUGCUCGCAGCCGCUUUUAUUGGUAUCGCUCCUGGUUACAUCUCGCGCUCUGUCGCGGGCUCAUAUGAUAACGAAGCAAUUGCUAUCUUCCUAUUGAUGUUCACAUUCUUCCUAUGGAUUAAGGCUCUUAAGACAGGUUCAGCUUUAUGGGCCUCGCUUUCAGCAUUCUUUUAUUUUUAUAUGGUUGCAGCAUGGGGUGGAUACGUAUUUAUCAUAAACAUGAUCCCCCUCCACGUAUUUGUUUUAAUGUUGAUGGGGCGAUUCUCUAGCCGGGUUUAUGUAUCUUACUCGACAUUCUAUGUUCUCGGUACUCUCAUGUCGAUGCAAAUUCCCUUUGUCGGUUUCCAGCCUACUCGUACUUCUGAGCAUAUGGCUGCCCUGGGUGUUUUUGGAUUGUGUCAAAUUAUGGGAUUCGUUGAUUUACUGCGCGGUCAUUUGCCUGCAAAGCAAUUCCAGGUUCUUCUCAAGGCAUUUGUCUUGGGCUCGUUUGUAAUUGGUUUCAGUGCUCUGGUAUUAUUGACGAUGAGUGGGUUUAUUGCUCCUUGGACAGGUCGCUUUUAUUCGCUUUGGGAUACCGGAUACGCCAAGAUUCAUAUUCCUAUUAUUGCAUCUGUUUCAGAACAUCAACCAACUGCAUGGGCAUCGUUCUUCUUUGACCUUGAGAUGCUGAUUUUCUUGUUCCCUGCUGGUAUCUACAUGUGCUUCCAAAAAUUACGUGACGAGCAUGUUUUUGUAAUUGUCUAUGGAAUCUUUGCUUCGUACUUUGCUGGUGUCAUGGUCCGCUUGAUGCUUACCCUUACACCCGUUGUUUGUAUCUGUGCUGGUAUUGCUGUCUCCACAAUCUUGGACACAUAUCUUGAUCUGUCAAACGAAAAGUCUACUGCCAUUGAAGAGGAAAACUCUGAACUCAUUGGAACAGAAUCUACAAUUUCAUCAACAUCAACAUCAACAUCAACAUCUUCGUCUUCGUCUUCGUCUUCUAUCACUACAAAGACGACAACUGUUACUAAAAAAGGAAAGACCACGAAGGUCACUACAAAGGAAGUUAAAGAUGUUAAGAAUGGUACAGAUGGAAAGGACAAAAGUUCAAAGGGCUCAAAGUCUAAGAAUGGAGAGAAGAAGUACUAUGGUAUCCUUACUCGCGACUCGCGUGUCGUUGUUGUUGUCAGUUUUGUGUUCUUCUUAUGUGUCUUUGUAUGGCAUUGCACCUGGGUGACCUCGAAUGCAUACUCCAGCCCCUCUAUUGUCCUUGCAUCUCGUAAUCCUGAUGGUUCUCAACACAUUAUCGAUGACUUCAGAGAGGCGUAUUACUGGUUGCGUAAAAACACAAAGGAAGAUGCUAAGAUUAUGUCAUGGUGGGAUUAUGGAUACCAGAUUGCUGGUAUGGCUGACCGUCCUACACUUGUGGACAACAACACUUGGAACAACACACAUAUUGCCACAGUUGGUCGCGCGAUGUCAUCGAAUGAAGAGGAUUCUUAUGAAAUUAUGAAACAGCAUGAUGUCGACUACGUUUUGGUAAUUUUUGGUGGACUCUUGGGAUAUUCUGGUGAUGAUAUCAACAAAUACUUGUGGAUGAUCCGUAUUGCUGAAGGUGUUUGGCCCGACAAGAUCAAGGAAUCUGAUUACUUUACACCUCAGGGUGACUAUCGUGUUGACGACCAAGCAUCUCCCGCCAUGAAGAACUCUUUGAUGUACAAGAUGAGCUACUACAGAUUCCACGAACUCUACAAUGGACAACAACCUAUGGAUCGUGUUCGUCAACAACGUCUUCCUGCUCAAGGUCCUGAAUUGAAUGUUCUUGACGAAGCUUUCACAUCUGAGAAUUGGAUUGUGAGAAUUUAUAAGGUCAAGGAUUACGAUAAUCUUGGUAGACCUCAUUCUAUGGCUAAAGCGUUUGAAGCCGGAAAGAAGAAGAAGAAGACCACGCGUAGUCAGAAGACCCAACAAAGUUCUUACAAAAGGAUUAUUCAUAAGAAUUACUAUCAAUAUGUUUGUGGAGGCACACCAGUUUGGUCUUAUGGUCUUCCUAAAGCUUAUAAUUACAAGAAAUUGGCAAUUGACAAGACAUGCUGUGAAUUUUUAUCGAUUGAAAAUAUCUUCUUGAUUUAUCUUCGUUAUACUCUGUGCCUUUACUGA